AUGAGGCUUCUCAUACUCGCUUUGCUGGUGGCUGUCUGCGUGAGCGCCGACUUGUUGGACCUCAAAAAGACGCUUGCGGUCGGAAGCCUCAAGGGUCUGAUCAAAGAAAAAGUGACAACCAAGAUAAAAAAGACAAUGGAUCGCAUCAAGGAGGUUUUCAAUGGUAACAUGCUCGAAUUCCGGAAAAAGUUGAGCGGAUACAAAGACGCAAUUUUGAAGAAACUUACUCUGAGCCCAGAGCAAAGAAAGGAGCUUGUGGAAAGGCUAAAGAUGUUCAAAAGGAAAACUGUCGAUCAAGUCUCACCAGCUGGGGACUCCAUUGAAGAGAUUAACCUGAGAAGUCAAAUUGCAGGAGCACUCUUCCAGGGAGAUAUGGUUCUUUCGAAGGAACAACAAGAUCAAAUUGCUGCGGAUGUUAGUGGAACUCGUACCAAACGGCAAACUUACAAUGAUAAAAAUUACCCUGGUAGAACGAUGGACGAAAGGGAGUCAACUACUUCUUCGACAAAAGUGCAAAGUGUAUUCAAGAAAGCGGCGCGUGAAUGGAUGGAUAAUACCUGCAUCAACUUCACACAAAGCGAUUCCGGUAAAGUUGGAAUAGUUGUCGAUGAUGGUAAGAUACCACUGGACGCCGAAAUUUCAGCUCAGGACAGCAUUCGUGUGUUCAUGGAAGAUGGAUGUUGGUCUUUCGUUGGCAGGCUUGGAGGUGUACAAAACCUCUCACUUGGCGAAGGCUGUGAAUCGAUCGGAACGGCCGCUCACGAGCUUGGUCAUGCUCUUGGAUUCUUCCACACGCACUCGAGACAUGAUCGCGAUCGAUUCAUUACAGUUGACAAAGAAAACAUCAAGCCUGACUGGCUAGACCAAUUCACACUGGAGACGCCAGCAACCAAUAACAAUUAUGAUUUGACAUAUGACUACGGUAGCCUGAUGCAUUACGGAGCCACAAGCGCCACCAGAAACAAACUGCCUACCAUGGUGCCAAAGGACGUGCAUUAUACGCAGACCUUGGGAUCUCCUUUCAUUUCGUUCUACGAUCUUCUAAUGCUCAACACCCACUACAACUGCACUGACGCUUGCAAAGGUAAAUACACGCGGUGCCAGAAUCACGGAUUCGCUCAUCCUCGUGAUUGUUCCAAAUGUAUCUGUCCUAGCGGAUACGGAGGCCAAUUCUGCGAGAAAAAGCCACAAGACUGCGGUCGCGAACUGUAUGCGACCAAAGAUUGGACACCGCUCGUCGACGACCUAGGCAAUCGGGCAGCCGGGGGUUUGCCGCGUGAGGACUUUAUGAAAUGCCACUACUGGAUUACGGCCCCAGCCGGUAAAACGGUGCAAGUGAAAUUCGUAAACUUCACUGAUGGAAUUGCCGUCGAUGGAUGCACAUAUGCUGGAGUUGAAAUCAAAACACAUGAAGACCAACGUCGCACGGGCUACAGAUUCUGCUCAAAAGACGAUGCAAACACUAUACUCAAUUCGACUUUACGCACUGUUCCUAUAAUAACCUACAAUCGAAUCUACGCCACUGUCACGAAGUUGGAGUACCGCGCAGUUUAG